AUGGGCAGCAAGGCGCUGCCGGCGCCCAUCCCGCUGCACCCGUCCCUGCAGCUCACCAACUACUCCUUCCUCCAGGCCGUCAACACCUUCCCCGCGGCCGUGGACCAGUUGCAGGGGCUGUACGGGCUGAGCGCCGUGCAAACCAUGCACAUGAACCACUGGACGUUGGGCUACCCCGGCGUGCACGAGAUCGCCCGCUCCGCCCUCACGGAGAUGGCGGCCGCGCAGGGCCUGGUGGACUCGCGCUUCUCCUUCCCCGCGCUGCCCUUCGCCGCGCACCUCUUCCACCCCAAGCAGGGCGCCGCGGCCCACGUCCUCCCGGCGCUGCACAAGGAGCGACCCCGCUUCGACUUCGCCAACCUGGCGGCGGCCGCCACGCAGGAGGACCCCCCGAAGGCAGGGGAGCUGGGCAAGCUGGGCCCCGGACUGCCGUCGCCCCUCUCGGGGCUCAGCAAGCUGUCCCCGGACAGGAAGCCGUCGCGGGGCCGCCUGCCCUCCAAGACGAAAAAGGAGUUCAUCUGCAAGUUCUGCGGUCGCCACUUCACCAAGUCCUACAACCUGCUCAUCCACGAGCGGACCCACACGGACGAGCGGCCCUACACCUGCGACAUCUGCCACAAAGCGUUCCGGCGGCAGGACCACCUGCGGGACCACCGGUACAUCCAUUCCAAAGAGAAACCCUUCAAGUGCCAGGAGUGCGGGAAGGGCUUCUGCCAGUCCAGGACCCUGGCGGUCCACAAAACGCUGCACAUGCAGGAAUCUCCACACAAAUGCCCCACAUGUGGAAGAACCUUUAAUCAGAGAAGUAACCUGAAAACUCACCUUCUUACCCAUACAGACAUCAAGCCCUACAACUGUGAGCGGUGCGGCAAAGUGUUCAGGCGAAACUGUGAUCUACGGCGGCACAGCCUGACGCACACCCCGCGGCAGGACUUCUGAGCGGC